AUGGGUGUCGCCAAACAACCAGGUCAAAAGGGCGUUAGCUGGUCCAACAUUGCCGUCGGUCAGUCUCUCCACAUUGUCAAUCAUGGUCCCGCCGCUGACAACCUUCCUCGUAUCCAGUUGACCAUGACUCCCUAUUAUCUGUCCUGCAAUAGUUUGAGGUUAGUCGUUCUACUGCUGCAUUCGCCUUCCAGUAACCAAUGCAAUAUCCAGGUGACGACUCUCGGACAACCGCUCGAGGUGCUCAAGACCCAGAUGGCCGCCAACCGUAACCAAACCAUGUACCAAGCUCUCAAGAGUGUCUGGGCUCGGGGUGGUGUCGUUGGUUUCUACCAGGGUCUCAUUCCUUGGGCAUGGAUAGAGGCCUCCACGAAGGGCGCUGUGCUGAUCUUCACUGCCUCGGAGGUUGAGAACGCUACCCUGGCCGCGGGCAUCAACCCUGGUCUCGCCGGGCUGCUGGGUGGUAUGACGGGUGGUAUUGCUCAGGCAUACGCUACCAUGGGUUUUACGACUUGUAUGAAGACCGCUGAAAUUACGCGCGCAAAGACCGCUGCCACCGGUGUGAAGCCUCCAUCGACAUGGGCUGUGUUCGCCGACAUCUACCGGAGAGAGGGUCUGGCUGGCGUCAACAAGGGUGUGAACGCUGUGGCCGUCCGACAGUGCACUAACUGGGGUUCCCGAAUGGGUUUCGCUCGCCUGGCCGAGGAUAUGAUCCGCAAAGUCAAGGGCAAGACCGAAGGCGAGAGCCUCGGAGCUGUUGACAAGAUUAUUGCCUCGACUGUUGGUGGCGCUCUCGCCACCUGGAAUCAGCCUAUUGAGGUUAUCCGUGUUGAGAUGCAAAGCAUGGCCAAGGGUGCUGCUGCCGACGUGAACCGACCCGCCAAGCUCACCAUCAUGAACACUCUCAAGUACAUCUACAACCAAAACGGCAUCAAAGGUCUCUACCGUGGUGUCACCCCCCGUAUUGGUCUCGGUGUUUGGCAAACCAUUUGCAUGGUCUCCCUGGCGGACUAUGUCAAGGCAUGGGUCAAGGGGCAGUAG